GGUGUUUUCCUCUUGCUUUCAUUUCCGCGAAGUGCAAGAUAAUCUCCUCCCAGUUGUCGGUGAGUUUUCUAGCAACUGUUGCCCGGUGAGGCAGCAGCGCCAUAGUCACCGUAGUCCUGGAGACUGUAACCCACCAACAACAACCUCUCGCUUCAUCAUUUACCACCGCCUCCUCCACCAUCCUCAUACUCAUCCGCCAGUCCACAGCUCAGGCGCCAUGCAGACCCCUGAAGCAGGCGCUGACUCCACCUCCACCGUCCCUAUCCAGACCAGCGUGCCUGUCCAGCCUGCGGGCUCCACCCAGCAGCUGCCUGUACAGCAACAGACACAGACUGUUCAACAGGUCCAGCAUGUUUACCCAGCACAGGUGCAGUACGUGGAGGAAAACGGCAGCGUCUACACCAAUGGCAACAUACGAACCUACUCGUACUCGGAGCCACAGCUGUACAGCCAGAACAGUGGGGGAAGCUACUUUGACACGCAAGGGAGCUCGUCUCAAGUGUCCACGGUGGUAACCUCCCACGGCAUGGCCAGCAACGGCGGAGGGGGCAGCGGAGGCAUGAGCAUGGGCCUGACCGGGGGUCAGGUUAUCAGCGGCGGCUCCGGGGCCUACCUCAUGGACAACGCCGGAGCCCACCCUGCCACCCAGACUGCACGGGCAUCCCCGGCUACUAUUGAAAUGGCGAUUGAGACGCUCCAAAAAUCUGAGGGUUUAUCCAGUCAGAGAAGCUCGCUACUCAACAGCCAUCUGCAGUGGCUGCUGGACAACUACGAAACAGCAGAGGGUGUGAGUCUACCGCGAUCCACCCUCUACAAUCACUAUCUGCGCCACUGCCAGGAGCAAAAACUGGACCCGGUGAACGCAGCCUCCUUUGGCAAACUCAUCCGCUCCAUCUUCAUGGGACUCCGUACAAGACGCCUCGGGACAAGGGGGAACUCCAAAUAUCACUACUACGGAAUACGUGUCAAGCCUGAUUCGCCGCUCAACAGACUCCAGGAGGACAUGCAGUAUAUGGCCCUCAGACAGCAGCCGGUCCAGCAGAAACAGAGAUUCAAGCCAGUGCAGAAGUUUGACACCAGUCCGGCAGAGAACUACUCAGGUGGGGGUCUUAACCAGCCGGGUGCAGCUGAGCAGACGAUUAUCGCACAGAGUCAGCACCACCAGCAGUUCUUAGAUGCAUCGCGGGCUCUGCCUGAUUUUGUGGAGCUGGACUUGGGGCAGAGUAACGCAGAGAACAUCAGCCCGGAGGACGUGAAAGCUCUCCAGUCACUUUACAGGGAGCACUGUGAGGCCAUCCUGGACGUGGUGGUCAACCUCCAGUUUAGUCUCAUCGAGAAGCUCUGGCAAACAUUCUGGCGUUACACUCCGCCCGACUCUGUAGAGGGCACCACUGUAACAGAAAACAGCAGCAUAAGCGAGAUCGAAGCCCGACUCCCACAGUCGCAGCUGCUGGCGCUGUGCCGGAACGAGGUGGUGCUCAAGUGGAUGAGCACCUGCGACCAUCUUAUGUACCAGGCCCUUGUGGAGAUCCUCAUCCCGGAUGUCCUGAGACCCAUUCCCAGUGCCUUGACUCAAGCCAUUCGCAAUUUUGCCAAAAGCCUGGAAAGUUGGCUCAAUAAUGCCAUGAACGCAAUCCCGCAAAGGAUGAUCCAGUCCAAGGUUGCUGCUGUUAGUGCCUUUGCGCAAACACUCCGCAGAUACACGUCUCUGAACCACCUGGCUCAGGCGGCCCGUGCAGUUUUGCAGAACACGUCGCAGAUCAACCAGAUGCUGAGCGACCUCAACCGCGUCGACUUCGCCAACGUGCAGGAGCAGGCGUCGUGGGUGUGCCAGUGCGAGGAAGGCAUGGUUCAGCACUUGGAGCAGGACUUCAAGGCAACGCUACAGCAGCAAAGCUCUCUGGAGCAGUGGGCAGCCUGGCUGGAUAACGUGGUCACUCAGGUGCUGAAGCCUUAUGAGCAGCGGCCCAGCUUCCCAAAGGCGGCACGGCAGUUCCUACUCAAGUGGUCCUUUUACAGCUCUAUGGUGAUCCGGGACCUGACCCUGCGCAGCGCUGCCAGCUUCGGUUCUUUUCACCUGAUCCGCCUGCUCUACGACGAGUACAUGUUCUACCUGGUGGAGCACCGCGUGGCCCAGGCGACCGGAGAGACGCCCAUUGGUGUCAUGGGCGAGUUCGACAGCCUCAACAACCUGACGCUGUCCAACAUGGAUAAAGAUGAAACAAGCGGACUGGAUAGCGAUUUGGACGACGAGUCGGAAGAGUCCGGGGAGCCUCUUGCCAAACGCGAGAAGUCUGAACACGAGGUGAUCCAAGUCAUUCAGGUCGGCGCCCUCGACGACGGAUCGCACCCUGUGGUGGGCGUGGUCCAGCCGGGCGUCCUCCACUCGCUGCCACUGCCCCCCCAAGACCACAGCGAGCACAUCCUAACCCCCUCGGCCGGUACCCCGACCAUACGCCACUGCAGCGCCACGGGCAACACCUACGCCUCGGUUUGAUGGUGCGAGAGGGCGUGUCUGACCUUGUCUGGCUCCGCCACUUCUCUGUCAGCCUCCAUGUUUACAUCUCUUUUGUCUCUGUCUGCACUCUGGUCCACACGGUCCAGCCCGGGAUAUGGAUACUGCGGCCAGGACGUGGUCUCCUGUUGUAAGUCUUUGCUUUUAGCAGCGUCUGCUGGAGGAGGACAGUAUGAAAGGCCUCUGCUGGUCUAGAAUAACAGGGUUUAACAAAUCCUCCAAACUACUGAUGUCUCUGAGCUCAAAUGGCCCACUGUACAUACGUAUUUACUGUACUUCUUAAAUAGUGUAACCCAAAAACUCAUGGUGCUAUCAUUGUGUUGAAUUAGAUGCUGAACAAGAACUAUUCUGGACGAUUGUAUGUAGCGGUUACGUACGCCAUUCGACCAACCAGGAUGGGGUGGUAGCCUUCGUAUGGUAAAUACGUCAAGCUUUUAGCCCCCAGUCAAACGGACCCCUUAAAGAAUAUGUGCGCUGCUACUCUUGUAAAUAGGAGGAGGACCCCGGCUGUACAAACCCACACCUUGGCCACUAGACUAUUAUGCACUCGGUACAUAACGUUUGCCUUUGUCCACGUAAUCGUGAAGAAAUCAGCCUACUGGACAUGUUCCCCUGUUUUUUGCAGUUUUCUGUCUCAAUCAAAUUUAUUACAUUUGCAAAGGACCAAAAAAAACAAAAAAAAAACCUAACCCAACGAGAGGCGGCUGAGGGUGAGCCAAUAGCUGUUGUGCCAUGUUGCGGAGCAAAAGGAAUGUCAGGGAUUUCAUGUACCUCGGCUUUAUCACAGUGCCUUAUCCUUAAAUAGGGAUGUUCUCAGUGUCCCCCCCGGCCCCCUUCUUUUCUCUCUGCUUACUUCAUUUGGUUUUGGGGCGCCCCGAUCACAGGAUAGGCUUGGAUUUGGGCUGGCUCAUCGGUGUUUGGACCAAGGGAUGCAGUCGCAGACACACUUGUUGCUUUUGUCGGGAUCAGCACCGCUAAGCUUCUUACAUCUCUCAAUCUAGCAAGCACCUCCUUUCACUCCCGUGUCUCGUUCCUGCGACAUGAUCUGCUGCUCUGUGGCCUUUUCCUAACCAUAGUCCUGCUUCUUUCUACUCUCAAUACAUUUUCUCCUGGUCUGUCUUUGCAGUACUAUACCUCUUUUUACACUUUUACCCCUGUCCCUGCUGUCUCCAAAUUUCGAUCAUACCUGUGGUUUAGUCCUCUGUCCUGCUCCUACUCCCACUCACUCCCCCAAGGCGCCAUUACUGUGUCUCGCUGUACUGUAUUUCACUUUUCCACCAAAAUGUCCCUACCCUGACUCCUCUUGCAAUACUGUACCUCCUGUUCCCCCUUUAGUCCCCCUGCACUCCCACACUCUAUUCAAACACCCCCACUCUGCCGUGUUGAGGCCUUUUGUUGUGUACAAGCCUUUGUUUUGGGUGAAGUGUGUGUCGCUCUGCUCUAUUUUUUUAAAUGUGUGUGUGUUGUGCGAACACAUCAGUCACCCUACCUCAAGCCAGUGGUGCCAGCCCCCUUUGACGUGUGCAGCACAGUCUGUCCAAACCCUAUUGCACACACAAACUACACAACAAAAAACAUUAUUUUCUUCUCUCUUUUUUUUUUUGGUCGCCUCCCCAUCCUUCCCCACUUUGGUCAUCUUUGUACAGUGGACCCAAAGUAGAUAUUUUCUGAUAUUCAAAGAGAUAUAUAAAUCUAGAUAUAUAUGUAUAGAAUCUAUAUAUAUAAUGCUUCUACACUACAUCUAUGUGUGGCUUUCAGUGGGUGUGAUUGUUUCCAAGGUAGCUGAUGUAAGUAGACUGAAAAAGGGUUUUUAAAAAAAAACAAAAAAAACUACUGUACCAUCUACACUUGAACUGUCAAACCCUUCUUACGUUGUGGACACUACUGAGAUUAUUCCUCCUAAAUAGGAUUUUUUUUUUUUUUUUAAAUGGUCUGCACCAUUUCCCUUCAUUUUAUUUAUUGAUAUUUAUUGUGUUUGGCUCCACAUGCCCACACCAUACAGUCGGUGGUACUGUUUUAAGGAAUGAAAAAGUGCAGCGCUACUGUACAGAAGGACCAGGUGUAACGCGUUUCUUUUUGUUUACAUGCUCUACUGAGUUGGCCCCUUAAGGAGGUCAAGAUAUGUGUCAGAAUGGACUGCACUGGAUCUUUGCCUUAUUCUUCAAAAAAAAAAAAAAAAAGAAAUCUGUAGAUGAAUCUUCAGAAAAGCGACGUGGAUCUGCGUUGUGGUUUGUAAUGUAAAUCUCACCUCUCUUCUGUUGUAUAAAUCCACACAACACAUAGAUGGUAAACUUGUUAUUUGUGCCUAAUUAUGGGGAAAAAAUGGCUUUGCUUUCUUCAAAUCGUAUGGAUGUGCUUUGGGAUCAAGUGCUUUCUGGUCUGUGCUGCUAGAUUGUUUAUUUUAUUUACUUUGAUACACUAUAGUGCCAGACAGUGAUUUUUAUUUCUGCUUCUUAAAAGUCUCACACAGGAGUGAUGAUAAUGCUGCCGACACAACAUGUUUUUUUUUUCUUGUCAGAGCCGUCUGUGCUAAGAGAAUCUCUGAGCAUAAAAAAGUGCUUUCUGACAGCAGCUUCAUUUGACCCAUAGCAAGACUCCAGUGCCUUUUAACUCCCCCCCUCCCUCCAAAACCCAGCUGACUUUUGGGUUUAUGGCGUACUUCAGACAGACACGCUCCAUUAGUGGCAUUUUGUUGUAAGGACGGCAGCAUGAAAUUGAUCCUGACUGGAUUAUUAUUUAUUAUAUCAUGUGACAGAUUACCCCUAAGGCUUCUUUUUAAUUGUAUAGAACCAUGAAUGAGUCAUUUUGUUUCCAGGUUUGUUUCCCUAUUCCUAAUAAUGAUGCUGAUUUUUCUUUGUUUUUGUUUCUGAAUGCUGUGAUCCGUUUUAUUUUCAUGUUUUAUGAUUUCAAGUGCCAUUGGACAGUCUUAGUGAGUUGUGGCCAUCUGUAGCACGCUCAAAUGCAAGCACAAGCAUUUUGGCAGUGACUUUUAGAGGCUUAUUUUUGUUCAUUUGAGACACAAAUGUAAAUAUCCUGAACUUAAGGUUUAUUUAUUUGUCCUGAUCAUUUGAUUUGGUUAUUACCCCCAUCCCCUGUCUUCUUUUAAUCCUGUAUAAUAUCUGAUAUAAUAUAUACACACAGAUUUCAUGUCUUUCUUUCCGUGUGCCGUUUUUUCUCAUAAAUAUAUACAGUAAAUAUAUAUCUUUUCAAUAUGGCGAGCGUGUAGGGUGAUUUGUAUCGUUGCAUUUUGUAUAAAAACAAGGACUUUUAUAUUUAUAAAAGAUGUUCCCAUUUAUUUAGUGUGUCGUAUUGCUGACUAUAGAAACUUUAAACAAAAAAAUAGACACAUGUAGUUCGUUU